CGUUCCAGAUGACGUAAUGACGCCGACGUGCAGCUACAGACUGCGGUAUCCAUGAUGUUUGUGGGAAGCUGUUUGGCGCGCGGUUGCUAUAUGUCUGACAAACAACGUCCUGGAGACGGUACCGUCUGAUUGGCUCGUCUGCACCUACUGGAGGGAUGUCUCGUGCUGAGAAAUCCCGCUCUGUGCUGGGGGUCGGGGCUCAGCCCCAAGAGUCUGUGGCCACAUUCCAACAGCAACAGGACCCCAAUGAAAGUGAGGAUGAUGUAGAACUAUGUAUCACUUUGGAUGAUCAGGAUUCUGAGGGGGAGGAGCAUGGGAGGAAGAGGAAGCUUGCAAAGGAAGAUGAAGAGCGGAAAGAAGAGGUGUGUGAUUUUGAUGAGACAUUGGACCAGGCGCUGGAGGAACGGGCCAAGCAGCACAACCUGACAGCUGUGAAUGUGCGCAACAUCCUGCAUGAGGUGAUCACCAAUGAGCAUGUGGUAGCCAUGAUGAAAGCGGCUAUAACUGACAGCGAUGAUGUGCCCCUCUUUGAGCCCAAAAUGACCCGCUCCAAAUUGAAGGAGGUGGUAGAGAAAGGAGUGGUCAUCCCAACAUGGAAUUUGUCCCCCAUCAAGAAAGUUACAGAGGUGAAAGUCCCCCAGUUUGUGGACAUUCCCCUGGAGGAGGACGAUUCAUCAGAUGAAGAGUAUCGACCUGAGGAGGGAGAGGAAGAUGAAACUGCGGAAGAGAGCCUGCUUGAGAGCGAUGUGGAGAGUACAGCUUCCUCGCCUCGGGGCCACAAACGCCCAAAGAUUCUGCACCUGCCUGAGCCAAUAUGGAUGGAAGAGGAGGAUGAAAGUGCAGACGGGCAGCAGGAGGCCUCUGAUACAACUGGAUUAGUCAGGCACGUCAGUGCUGAUGUGGUCCCUAUGGGGCCUCCGCCACCCCCAAACUCCAAGCCCACGCAGGACAGCACAUUUAUGGAGAAGCUACACGCUGUGGAUGAAGAGUUGACUUUCAGCCCCAUGUGCAUUGAUUCCUACCAGUCACUGGAUGAGAGCCUCAUUGCUUUCCGCACCCGCUCUAAGAGGCCCUUGAAGGACGUUCCUAUUGGGCAACUAGAGGCCAAGCUGAAGGCCCCAGACAUCACCCCCGAUAUGUAUGAACAGAACACCGCUGAUGAUAAUGAAUGGAAGAAGUGGCUGAUCAGCUUGAUGGAUAAUAAUGUUGGUAAUGAAGAUGAUGAUGAUGAUGAUGACCCAGAGUACAACAUCCUGGAGGAUCUGGAUGAACCCGAUACAGAAGAUCUCCGCAAUGACCGAGCUGUGAGGAUCACAAAGAAAGAAGUCAGCGAGCUGAUGGAGGAGCUCUUUGAAACGUUUCAGGAUGAAAUGGGCUUCUCCCAUGUGGACGAUGAAGGACCUGAUGAGGACAGUAACCAAGAAGCUCCGCCCAGUUUCAACACACCUCAAGCAAUCAGAUUUGAAGAGCCUCUUGCCAACCUACUCAAUGAGCAGCACCGCACAGUCAAGGCUCAGCUCGAGUAUCUGAGGCUGAGGAAAUCUCUCAUGAAGCCACAACCCCAGGGAACAGAAGAGUCUACACCCGCCCCAGAGGAACCCAAAGCUCCUCCCCCUGCCAAGGCUGCUCCAGUCAUGUUCCUUGAUGUGUCACAGAGGCAGAGAUUGCAGCAGCAAAUGCAACAGCACGUCCAGCUUCUGACCCAGAUGAACCUUCUGACCUGCCACAACCAGCAGCUGAGCCAGCCAGCGGAGCUCUCUCACAUGUUUCUGAUGGAACUUUCCAGUUUUGCAGAGAGGUCUACGAUGCACCGUCGCAUGACUAACCCACAGUUCCAGAGCACCUUCCAAACCUGGAACCUUAACCAGGCUCUGCAGCUGCUCCAUGACUUUCACCAGCAGGUCCCUGAAGAGGGGGGCCCACCCGAGCCCCUGAAAAAGAAUGCUAGUGAGGUUACCAGCCUACCCAAGCACGUGGCAUGGAUCAUGGCUACCCGUCCCCUCUUUAUGUACCCAGAGCUGCUGCCCAUCUGUGCCCUGAAGGAGAAAGGACCUCGGGACAGAGUGUACUUCACAAAGGCUGAGGACAAUUUGUUGGCUUUGGGCCUGAAGCAUUUUGAGGGGACAGACUAUUAUAAGCCCCUGAUCAGCAAGUACCUAGUGACGGCCAAGAGUGCCCAGCAGCUGACUGUGCGCAUAAAGAACCUGACCAUGAAGAAGACUGCGGAUAAUAUCAUAAAGUUCUACAAGAGGACUAAGCUGCUGCCAGUAAUGUUCAAAUUGUGUGAUGAUGUCCAAUGGCGGGAUGCCAAAGCCCCGGUGGAGAGGGAGAAACACCGGCUGCCAUUUUGGCUCAAGGCUAACCUGAGCAGCAUCGAGGAAGAGUUUGGGAAGUACAAAAAGGAGGUGCAGAAGUUCCCCCUAAUGAUACCUCCAGGCCUGCAGCUUAACCUGAAGCCCCUCCCUCCGCGCUUUCUGCACAGAACUUGGCGACAGAAGAGACCCUCCAUUCUAAAGCCCCUUCUCAUCCGGCCCAAUAGCAGCAGCACAAACUCCCUUCCCAAAACGGUGACCAAAGUCUCAGGCCAAGACCCGUUCCCUAUUGGUUUAUACAAUAGGGUGCCCGGUAUGGCGGCGCCUGCUGUGCAGGGAGUUCUGGGAAUACGCCACAAUGUGCCAGCGGGGUGUAAAUCCCAAGAAGUACGGCCCCCCUCUCUCUGUGCUCCCAGACCCCGUGGUAUAAACCCUACGUCUGUUGCCCCCAUUCCUAUCGCCCCGGCCAAAGUGCUGCAACCUGCAAUGUUGACCCAAAGAGCUGGGAGACUCCUGGGUGACAUGUCCAAAAGAAGGGGUGCAGUCCAGAGCCCUGCCAUUAACUCUGCCCCCCUUGUUCAUUCCACCCCUGUUAUUUUUGCCGUACCCAGUACCACUAUAAAGCUGCUGAGUCUUGGGGCUCCAUGUGGUGUGAUCCAGCCAAUGAGCAGCAGCACAGGACUUCCAAUCACCACGUUACUGCUUAACCCCCCAACAAUCCCUCUGAGCCAGACCAUCGUCCCCUCCCCCCUCAACCUGACCCACCCCCCUGAGCCCGAAAGCCUUGCCGGGGGCCAUGUCCACACAAUACGGGGGGCAGUGCAAGGACAAGAUCAUGAGUGGGACUGUGUCUCCAUUACUAUAAAGGUGAAGGGGGAGGGGAGCCUGGGCCCCGGGGGGCAGGGAGACUGUGGGGGAGAAGGGACUUCAGCAGAAAAUGAUAUAAAAGAGAAGGAAGUCUCUUCUUGCUGCCCACACAAAAAGCCCCCCGACAAGAAAAACUGCCCUUUUUAUCUAAGAGAAGUUCCAGUGUUCCCCGCUUCUGAGUGUGACCCCCUAGAAACUGAGCAACAACGGGGGGCUGAGACUUGUGAAAAUGGUUCUGGACUGUGUGAGCAGCAGGUUGGGCCCCCAGAGGAGGGCUAUGGGACUGUAGGGAAAGGAUCUGGAGCCCCGGAGCCUUCAGGGUUCUCUGCAGGUCAGAGGUACAGGGGCCCCACUGUGGGUGAAGAAGAGCAGGAUGGGAAUAGAUUCAGAACUUCUCUUGCACCUCAGCAGGAGGCCGAAGAGGAUGGGGGCAAUGACACCCACAAUCCCCACCCUCCAGACUCUCCUAAAAAUACUUCCUCAUCCAGUAAUGGAGACACGGACAUGAGCAGCCCGGCCGGGACACCGCACACAUCUUCCAGGCCCCCUAAAAGUGGCAACGACGAUGGUGAUGAAGACUCUGGUGACCUGACGCAGGAUGAGGAAGAAGAAGAAAUUUCAUCAGCCUCUGGGGAGUCUGUUCUGUCUGUGCCUGAGUUACAGGAGACCAUGGAGAAGCUGACGUGGCUGGCAUCAGAGAGGCAACUGAGUCAGGAGGAAGACUCAGAGGAGAACUCGGAGGAAGACUCAGAGGAGGAGGAAGAAGGCGUUGAGGAAGAAAUGACAGAUGAAGUGACUGAAGGGGGCACAGAAAAUGCCCAGAGUCCCUUAUGCCCCCCAUUAGCGACUCCUGUGCCAACGAGUGCAGUUCCUGCAGGUAAGAGGCGCAGAGGUGGCACAAGGGGCCCCGGGUCUCACAAGGUCCGAAGGGGACAAGCUCGAACCAGCAAAGAUGCCUCCAAAUUGCUUUAUGAUGAGAACAUCCUGGCCAAGGAUCCGCUCAGGGAGCAGAAGGACAUGGCGUUUGCCCAGUCAUAUCUCAACAGGGUGCGGGAGGCGCUACAGUUGGUGCCGGGGAAGUACGAGGAGUUCCUGCAGCUCAUUUACCGGUUUGAGACGAGGCAAGAGAGGACGGCCGUGGAUCUGUACGAGAGGCUCCGAGCGCUCCUCAGGGACUGGCCACAGCUCGUCAGGGAUUUUGCCGCUUUCCUUCUCCCUGAGGAAGCCCUGGAGUGCGGGUUGUUCGAGGAGCAGCAGGCAUUCGACAAGAGCCGCAAGUUCCUCCGCCAACUGGAAAUCUGUUUCAUGGAAAAUUCUGUGCAGCAUCAGAAGAUUAUCAGACUGCUUCAAAGUUGUGCUGAGUGCCCCCUACAGGAAAUAGCCCAGCUAAAGGAGCAGAUGUGGCAGUUGCUGAGGGGCCACAAUCAUCUCCAGGAUGAAUUCUCUCUGUUCUUUGAUCAUCUGAGGCCGCCGGAGAGUCGCCUGGGGGAGAUUGAGGUCAUGAGCUGGACAGAAGAGAAAGACUAUAAGUUGGAUGGGUAUGAAGAGGUGAUUCUACCAGAAACGGAAGAGCAGGGCAAGGCUGUGCCCCGGGGCAAGAGAAAGAAGGAUGUGCACCAAGACAAAGAAGUGGAGUGGCAGGAGGGUGGCGGGAAGGAGUGCCCAUGUUUGUGCCAGGACAGCAGUGCAGUGCAGCAGAUGAAGCGGAGCAAGAGGAGGCUGUGCAGCCAGUGCAACUCUAAGGUGUAUGAAAGCCGUGCCCAACGCACCAGAGACCCCCCUGAGGCGACAGUAGUUGGGCCGCCCCAAUCUCUGCGGCAGGGAUCCAGUAUGAAGGAAGUGGGUGAGUGUUACCAUGGAAAUGUGUCACUUACCCCCAGUGACCUAGUCAGUGUAUCAUGGGAGUCCAACACUAAGUACUGUUGUCUCUCAGCUCCUGGCGAGGGCGCUCUCCCACCGAGGGACAUGGAGGACAGACUUUGUGCAGAGCCACCUGUAGGCCGGAGGGGCAGCAGUGAUGUCAUCGGGGCAGAUAGUAACAAAACUCGUGCCCCCACUCAGCGAGGCUGCUCAGCACCAGACACUUCCCUUGGCAAUGCCAGACUUUGUACCAGAGACUCUCCCCGCACCUCCGCUCCUCUGAGGAGCAGCCGCAGAUCUCUGUGCAUGAAGGACCCUGAUCAGGCCCCCAAUAAACUGCCCAAUAACAUUGCACCCUCCCUGGGGCUGAACCCUGCACUACCCAGUGCCAGUGAGGGGAGCACAGUCUCAACCGAAAGCUCCACCUCUGUUCCUUAUCCCGACACGCUAAGUGUGAACAUCUGCAAGAAAAGUCCUCCCGACCUCGAGGAACAAACCUCAACCAUGUGCGCCAAGAACAUCAAAGUCAGCUCCAGCGGAGAGAAGGUCGUUCUCUGGACCAGGGAGGCUGAUCGAGUGAUCCUCACUAUGUGCAAGGAGCGGGGGGCGUGGCCAGAGACGUUUGGUGCAAUUUCCAGGCUCCUGGGAAACAAGAGUGCGGAAGAGGUGUCGUGGCGCUUCCAGGAACUGGUGCUGCUCUUCCAGACGGCCUGUGUUACCAGCUCUGAUGAAGAGGAGGAAACAGGAAGUGCCACAGAAAUGCUGUCUGAGCAGGAAGUGGAAGGCGGGGACUAAGCCAAUAAUUACCUUUAUUUUGAAAGGAAGGACUUUGGGUGCAGCCGCGGGAUCGGACCUGUGUGUAUAGUGGGGGGGGGGGUAGGAAAAUACUUUGCAUUAAAUGCGUUCUGCUGCA